ACCAAUGAUUCAAUGGUUUGUUUGGUGUAAACGUUGCCAUCAUUUCAUUGAAUCAUUGAAUCACUCAUUGAUUGCUCUAAACAUUCAUUGAAUUCAUUGUUUGUUAUAAUUGUUUUGACAGUUGUGUCGACAUUGAGAGCAAUCACUGAUUGAUUCCGUCGGUGAUCACCAACUUUGACAACAACACCAUCACAUCAAUGGCCAAAACAUACGACUAUUUAUUCAAACUCUUACUGAUUGGUGACUCCGGAGUCGGGAAGACGUGUAUUCUGUUUCGUUUCUCUGAAGAUGCCUUCAAUACGACAUUCAUCUCAACAAUUGGUAUUGACUUUAAGAUCCGUACCAUUGAAUUGGACGGCAAGAAGAUUAAGCUACAGAUAUGGGACACCGCAGGACAGGAAAGAUUCCGCACUAUAACGACGGCCUACUAUAGGGGUGCGAUGGGUAUUAUGUUGGUCUACGACGUAACCAAUGAUAAGUCAUUUGAAAACAUUAAGAAUUGGAUCCGAAAUAUUGAAGAACACGCGAGCAGUGAUGUGGAGAAAAUGAUUUUGGGAAACAAGUGUGAUGUUCACGACCGCAGACAAGUGUCACGUGAAAGAGGAGAACAGUUAGCCAUUGAAUAUGGCAUCAAAUUCAUGGAAACCAGUGCUAAAGCGUCUAUCAAUGUUGAAGAGGCCUUCUUUGCCUUAGCAAAGGAUAUUAAGACUAAAAUGGAGAAAAAACUUGAGGCGUCGAACCCAUCGCGAGGGAGUCAUCACUUGAGAGCCAAUGAGCCGACCAGAAAACAGUCGAAAGUCUGGUUUUGUUCAAUACUCUAAAUAUUUUAUGUUAAUUUUUAAAUAUAUAUAUAUUAUUUAAAAAAAUCUAAUAUUAUUAUUUAAU